GCAUGCGCCAGAAGAGCGGAAGUGACGCAGCUGAUGGGUCGUUUCCGCUAGCUUGUGUAUGGUAUGUACGAGCGUUAAACGCUGUGUGGUUCGGUUCUGUCCACGUUUGGUUAUAAUCAAAAGCUCAAAUCCAAACACAUCAGAUGUCAAACACGAGCGGGCGUCGUAGUAAAUGGGAUCAGCCCGCGCCGGUGUCGUCCGCUGAUGGGGAGGGAGGUUCUGCCCCCACAGGAGCCCUGGACGCUGCCGCCGCUGUGGCUGCUAAAAUUAACGCCAUGCUGGUGGCCAAAGGCAAACUAAAGCCAUCGCAGAUCAACACCGUCACACCUGCAGAUAAAGUUGUUGGUGUUACUGGGAAUAAGGUAAAGGAUGAACUGGUGGUCGCCGAGGUUGAAAUUAAUGAUGUUCCCCUUACCUGUCGGAACCUGCUGACACGUGGACAAACUCAAGAUGAGAUCAGCAGAGUGAGCGGAGCUGCUGUCUCCACCAGAGGACGCUAUAUGUCAACAGAGGAGAAGAGCAAAGCUCUGCCCGGUGAGCGUCCUCUCUACCUUCAUGUUCAAGGACAAACCAGAGAGUUAGUGGACAAGGCGGUUAACAGAAUUAAGGAGAUCAUAACUAACGGUGUGGUGAAAGCAGCGACCGGCUCCACCUACAGCCCCGCUACAGUCACCGUUUACCAGCAGUCUGGACCUUCAGCUCCACCUGCAGCACCUAUCGCUGGACACAAACUGCAUUAUCCUGGAGGGAUGCAUUAUGUACAGGACAAGGUGUUUGUGGGUCUGGAUCAGGCCGUUCAGGGUUUCUGUGUGAAAGAGCGAGUGGAGGGCCCGGGCUGCUCGUACCUGCAGCACAUUCAAUCAGAAACAGGAGCCAAAGUCUUCCUGCGAGGGAAAGGAUCAGGCUGUCUGGAGCCAGCGUCCGGACGAGAAGCAUUUGAACCCAUGUACAUUUAUAUCAGCCACCCGAAACCGGAAGGUCUUGCAGCAGCCAAAACCCUGUGUGAAAAUCUUCUGCAGACUGUUCAUGCGGAGUAUUCUCGCUUUCUGAAUCAGAUGAACAGUGUGAUUCCCACACAGGCAGGUUUCAUUCAGCCUCCCCCUGUUAACGGGAUGCCCUCACAGCCCCAUUAUUACGCACCUACAGGAUUUCAGCCCUCUUACGUCGCCCCCGUCCCGCCCCCUCAGCCCGUGGCUCCUCCGUAUUCUGUUCCACCUGCAGCACCAGUGCCACCCCCGAGUGCUCAGUACCCAAUCCCACCUGCCCCUACCAGUAUACCAGCACAGACUCUCCCUCCCGCACCGUUUCCCCCUGCUGCAAUGGCUCCGCCCAAAGCCACACCCCCUGCAGCUUUACCCAACCCUCCACAGAAACGCCGCUUUACUGAGGAGGUGCCGGAUGAAACGGACAACGGCCUUCUGGGAUAUCAGCAUGGACCCAUUCAUAUGACUAAUUUAGGUGCAGGCAUGUCUGUGGGCAGCUCCGAGGCAUCGGGACCUCCGUCUGCUGGUUCCUCUGGGUCUGAGAGAUUGAGGAGCAGUAGACCGUUAAUGCCACCUCCAGUUACACCAGCACCACUGAGUGGAGCGAGACCACAGAAACCAGAGGAAAAAAAACCAGUAGCAACACACCUGGAGCCGCAGGUGAAGCGCGUCAGGACCGGCCUGGUGGCGUAUUCAGGCGAUUCCUCCGAUGAAGAGGACGAUCACGGACCUUCUAAAGUAGAUGGGGCAGGUAACACGGGUGUAGGCGCCUCAUCGGUGGGGUGGAUGUAUCGCCCUCCAUCAUCACCUCCCACCCGUCCUAAAACACAGCAGCAGCAGCAACAACAACCUAUGCCGUUCUGGAUGGCGCUGUGACACGCGCGCACACACACACACACACACACACACACACACACAGGUAGUAUCAUGAAGUCAUGGUUCUGCUGAAGGAAAAGACUCAUCCAGUCGUAAAGACUCUGAGGAUUAUGGGUGACUGGAGCUCAGAGACUCGUAUCAGUCCAGAUAUAACAGCACUGCUCACUUUGUUUUAAGGUCGCUCUGGUCUUUUGUGUCAACUCGCUCGUAUUUUUAAAUUUUUUUUUGGACCAGAUUCAUGAUUUAUUAUUUCUGUGAACUUCUCUUGAGAAAUAAAUCAAAUUGUGUUUU